UGAAGACUGAGAGCAGGUGCAUUUGACAUCCAGCAGUUUCUUUGUUGAGGUCUAACUUUUUGGUAAAGAUGAGUGAAACUCCAGUUAAACGGCCGCUGUUGAAGAUGCAACGGGUGGAAGAUGGGGUGGAAAAGGAGAACUGUAAGACUAAAAUGGAUGGAGGAUCAUCCCCUUCUUUAUACCCACCGUCCCCCAGUCUCCCAGUCAAGAGGAGGCUGGUGUUAGUCGAGAACAUUGGCAUUGUGCAGGAGGAGAAUGAACAGCAGAUCUGUGGGGGCGCUGAAAACACUCCAACUGGAAAUGGAAAUCCACCCACCCCUCUGACCCCAAGGGCCACGGACCUUACAGUAUGCAACAUGUCUGCCAGUCCUCCUCCCGUGUCCCCAAAACUGGAUCGUUGGAUCAGGCAGAAAAAUCGAGACCUGACCCUGCGCAAGAAUGACAUCCAGCGGUCCGCUAAGAUUGUCAACCACCUCCGAGACAAACUGCUGGAGUUCCUGAAGAACAACCAGGAGAGGCCCUACUUCAGGCAGGCCACCGUGCUCAACAGCGGGAGCUACUUUGAAAUGGUCAAGAUCAACAGUCCAAACGAGUUUGACAUGAUGAUGAUUUUGCCGACGCCGCGGCUGAAAUGGGAGGACCUGGACGAGUGCCCUGACAUAUUCUACACGCUGCGUCUCACCCGGCCCACUCGCACCCACGAGAUUCGCUCCUAUCUGCUGAAGGACGAGAGGACCAUCUCGGCUUCCAGGAUCCGGGCAGACAUGCGCGACCUUGUGUGCAACUUCAUCAGCACCUAUGAAGAUCCACCAGUGGCCGAUAGCCAUUGGGAAGUGUGCGAGAUAAAAGAGGACUGUCCUGCUGUGACCUUGGAGUUAUGGAAGGACGACAUUAAGCUUGAAGAGCGGCAGGAGGAGGAGGCGGAGAUGUCCGUAGACAUCGUGCCCACCCUGGGGGUCAGCCAGGGCUGGCCGGACGCAGCUCGCAAGGGGCCCAACGUGGGCAACUGGCUGGGGAAGAACGCCCUCCGCAAGCUCGUCAGCCAGCCGUUCUACUUCGUGCCAAAGACGCCAAAAGGCGACAACCUCAGUGAGACUGCCAGAGAGAGUUGGCGCAUCUCCUUUUCUCACAUUGAGAAGGACAUCAUUAGGAACCAUGGGAACAGACGCACCUGCUGUGAGGGGAAGAGCAAUCGCUGCUGCCGUAAGAACUGUCUUCGCCUGCUGAAGCAGCUGAUCGAAGGCCUGAAGCAGCGCUUUCCUGAGGUGCUGGAGCCCCUGUGCUCUUACCAUGGCAAGACUGCCUUCUUCCAUGCGCUGUCCCGCCACGGUGAGGACACAUACUGGGCCGUGGGCAACCUCGCCAGCUGCUUCAUGUCUCUCCUCUACGCCUUUGAGGGCCACGCUCAAAGUGGCCUACUCCCCCAUUUCUUUGUGCCGAGCCACAACUUGUUUGCUCCACCGGCCUUCCCCCAGAGCACCUUGGAUUUCCUCGUGGCUGCGCUGAAGGAGCAACGGGAGUCGAAUCUUCCCCUCCUUCAAAUCCGAGCGCCUGCACCUCCACUGAGGAGGUCACCGAGCAGCGCCUUAGACCUGAUGCCUCCAGUGUCCGCCACCGUGACAGCAAGCUGGCUUUCUCACCUGAAACCUGCGAUGAUGGCUAUGCUGAUGGUUGUUGUUCUAGGAUUGUAUUUGAUUUGAUUUGAUUUGAUUUAAUGUUAUUUCAUUUGACUUGACUUAAUUUCUUCAGUUUAUGGAAAUAACAUAAAUCAGUGUGAUAUCUGUUUUCUUGCUUCAUCAUCUGUCCUCUUUUCAUCUGUAAUAGGCCUACUGGCCUACAGCUAUUGUCUUUUAAGAUGUUUUAUAUAUAUUAAUGUUAUGAUGUCUCCUGCGCUUCUCUGUCUCCAUGCUUUAAAUAAACACACUAUAUA